CCAACGGCUUUAACGGCAAAAUGCGAGAGUACUCUCCAGUUGAAAUAGAGUUUGUCAGAGCAUUCGCGCUGUCUAUAAAUACGACGAGUCUCCCUCCGUGAAUCAGUCAUUGAGCAGACUUUAUCACAUAGUCAUUGCAACUCAAUAUUCUCGACAAAUUUGAAGAACUGAAGAUCGAUAAUCGACAAUGUCGUCCCCAUUGUACAAAAAAGCUCUCAUUAUUGGAGCCACCUCCGGAAUCGGUGAGGCUCUAGCGAUCAAAUUGAUCUCUCAUGGAAGCCAAGUGGUGCUGGUUGGUCGACGACAAGAACGACUCGACAACCUCGUCAAGCGGCUUGGAUCAGACAAGAGCUCAGCUAUGCAAUUUGACAUCUUGAAGCUGCAGGAUAUCUCCACAUUCGCGUCAAAAGUCACCACCGAACAUCCUGAUAUUGAUGCCAUUAUUCUGAAUUCUGGUAUCCAGCGAUCGAUUAAUUUCGCCAAGCCAGAAACCGUUGAUAUGAGCGUGGUACAGGAGGAGUUGACUACGAAUUAUACUAGUAUCAUACAUCUCACAAUGGCAUUCCUGCCAUUCUUACAAGCCAAAAAGACGACCACCCACCUCGUCUAUAUCAGUGCUACAUUGGGGAUCAUCCCAACCGUGCUACGCACUGGAGGAUACAACGCUUCCAAGGCUGCUCUGCACCAUUGGAUACUUGUCUUCCGGGAACAACUCAGACAACAACCCGACAAUCGUGUCAAGGUAGUCGAAGUCUUCCCACCAGCAGUACAGACCGAAUUACACGAUGAGCGACACCAACCCGACUUAAAAGAUGGCGGCAAGAUUGGUAUGCCUUUGCAAGAGUUCAUCGACCAGACAUAUGAAGAAUUGCUCAAGGGCGAUGAGCAGUUUGGUAUUGGUAUGGCCAAAGCAACUAUUGAUGGAUGGGAGAAAGAACGAGUGAAGCUUUUUCAUCAUCAAGUCCCUGUUGUGACAAAUGCCCUGAAGCAGUUCCUGAAUUAUAUAUCCUAUCACGUGGGUGUUGGGUCCAAAUCGGCACCAGGCGACCCGCAUUACACAAUGACGACAACAUCCCCGCAAUAUCUUACAGGCAACCCCGCCGCCUUGAAUGAGUUCAUCGAUCGUUUUGAUACAUUUCUCUUUGACUGCGAUGGCGUGCUUUGGUCCGGCGACCAUACAUUUCCAGGCACAGCUGAGACGUUGGAAUUGUUGCGAAGUAGAGGAAAACAGGUCGUUUUCGUCACCAAUAACAGCACGAAAUCACGAGCAGACUAUAAAAAGAAACUCGACGGACUAGGUAUCCCGAGCAAUGUCGAGGAAAUCUUCUCGUCAUCCUACAGUGCCUCAAUCUACAUCUCGCGCAUCCUCAAACUCCCCGCAGAUAAGCCCAAAGUCUUCGUUAUCGGCGAAACCGGUAUCGAGCAAGAACUCCGAAACGAAAAUGUCCCUUUUAUCGGCGGCACCGACCCUACGCUUAGACGAGAUCUCGUACCAGAAGAUUAUAAGUUAAUGGCAAACGGUGACCCGUCUCUCCUCGACCCCGAAGUUGGUGUUGUCCUUGUCGGACUCGAUUUUCAUAUAAAUUACCUCAAAUUAGCGCUGGCAUUCCAAUACAUUCGUCGUGGGGCAGUGUUUUUGGCAACGAAUAUCGAUAGCACGUUACCCAAUCAAGGGUCAUUAUUCCCCGGUGCUGGAUCGAUGAGUGCGCCCUUGAUUAUGAUGUCUGGUAAAGAGCCGACUGCUCUCGGAAAACCCAGUCAGGCUAUGAUGGAUGCUAUUGAAGGGAAAUUCCAAUUUGAUCGCAACCGUACGUGCAUGGUUGGCGAUAGGACGAAUACCGAUAUUAGGUUCGGUAUUGAAGGGAAAUUGGGGGGCACGCUGGCUGUCUUGACGGGCGUGUCUACCAAGGAUGAUGUUUUGAAUGGGCUCCUGAGGCCGGCUGCUUAUGUUGAUAAGUUGAGUGAUUUAUUGGGCGCAAAGGAGUAG